CCUCAAGUAUUUGCAGGUCUGCACGCCAGUUUAUGGCGGCUUUCUAGAUUCCUGUCACCUCUUGUGUGGGGAACGGAAGUACCAAAUUUGGACACUAAGUGAAGAGCUCGGAGCUGACUAAGUGCCUUUCUGAUACUGGUGUUUCAGCUUCGAGGGAACGGACCUUCGCUCGUCCAGAACCUGGCCAAAGCUAAUUGUUCCAGAUUCGUUCAGUCUUUUUAGCUACGAAACAGCUUCGCAGGCUCCCGUUCGUCGAAACUUCUUCACGCUGGCGAGCCGCUUUAUCGGCCAUUAGUGACCAUCACACAAACUCCUGUCGUUCUCUUCCUACACUCACUAGCCGUGCUCUCGCUCUCCGUAUAAUCACUCGUCGCCGGUCGCCAUGGACGUCGAGCGGCUCCUGUUUGCGGGAACGACGAUCAACAGGAAGCGGUUCAAAAAGGACAUCGACGUGUUCAAGGUGCGUGAGCCGACGACGCCAGCAGCUCAAGCUGCUGCGUCUCCCCCAGAAGAGAAUGAUUCGGAGCGUCCGGACGGUGGUGCUUCCGGUUCCGGCGCGUCAGGGGGAGAGGCAUCUGGGAAGAAGAUCGACCCUGUUGAGCAUGCAGCAGUGCUGCGCAAGCGCCAUCGCAUCCACGUGUCAAGCCACCUGGUGACGGCUCCCUUGGAAUCAUUUCAAGAGCUUGCGGACAAGUUCAACUGUCGGCGCCGUCUCUUGAGGAAUUUGCAGGAGAUGGGGUUUGAGGAGCCAACGCCCAUCCAGAGGCAGGUGGUGCCACUGCUGCUGAAGAGGCAGGAGUGCUUCGCGUGUGCGCCCACGGGGUCAGGGAAGACCGUCGCCUUCCUGCUGCCCAUCGUCAUGGGGCUCAAGACCCAUUCCCCUGACGCCAUACGAGCGGUCAUCCUGGUGCCAACACGGGAGCUGGCGCUGCAGAUAUCACGGGCGCUGAAGCAGCUGGCAGCCGGCACCAAGCUCAGAGCGCGGCUGCUGACCAAGGCCACGGCCAAGUGUGUGGACCUCAAGGGGGCUGCGUGUGACGUGCUCAUCUCCACGCCCCUGAGGCUGGCUCACCUGGUGUCUGAAGAAAAGGUCGAUCUGAGCCGGGUGCAACACCUGGUGUUGGACGAGGCGGACAAGCUCUUCGAGAUGGGCUUUGUGGAGCAGAUCGACGGCAUCGUGGCGGCGUGCACCCUGCCCUCCCUCACCCGAGCCCUCUUCUCCGCCACGCUGCCUGAAGCCGUCGAGCAGAUGGCUCGCUCUGUCAUGCACGACCCUGUGCGGAUUGUUGUUGGGGACAGGAAUGCAGCAGCAGAGACGGUGCAGCAGAAGCUGGUGUUCGUGGGCACGGAGGAGGGCAAGCUGCUGGCGAUGCGGCAGCUGCUGCAGCAGGGCGUGCGGCCACCCGUGUUGAUAUUCGUGCAGAGCAAGGAGCGCGCACAGCAGCUCUUCUCCGAGCUCUCCUUUGAUGGCCUUAAUGUUGACGUGAUACACGCCGACAGAUCUGUGGCUCAGAGGGAGCACGUGGUGGACUCGUUCCGCGAGGGCAAGGUGUGGUUCCUGAUCGCCACGGACCUCAUGGGACGAGGGAUGGACAUCGCGGGGGUGAAUGUGGUGGUCAACUACGACUGCCCGCAGACCACCGCCGCUUACAUCCACAGGAUAGGUCGCAGUGGACGGGCGGGUCGGCCAGGCGAGGCGGUAACGUUUUACACUGAAGAAGAUGAGCCGAAUUUGAGAGCCAUAGCCAACGUCAUGGCGCAGUCUGGCACUGAGGUGCCAGCUUGGAUGAAGAACUUGCCCAAGCGGCGGUUGAGGAAGCACAAGGACGGGGAGAAGGCGGUUGCUCUGCCGCCCAAGCGAGCUCCGAUUUCCACACACCCUGCGGCGCAGGCUAAAGGGGUGAAGCGUCGAAAGGUGGCUGCAAAUAAGGGCAACUAGUGUCGAGAGUUGAUGUUGUAAGCUUGGAUGCGAUGGUAGUUAAAUCAGAAGGAAAUGUUGUGAUUGUUCUGUAGCUAGAGCAAAUUGUUGGCUAACAGGAGUGGUUAUGGCUAUGGGCAAAGAGGCCCUGAGUGAAUUUGAGAAGAAAUGUGCAAACCAUGU